CACAUCUAACAUUAUAUGCAUUACUAGCAUGUCCACGCAAUACUUGUUUACAUUAGCAAGUGACUGUAUUUUUUAAAAGUUUUAUUAGAACUUUUAAGGUUUUAUUUGGAACUAUUAAGUGCAGGAACAGAAAAAUCAACUUUAUGAAUAGUAUAAAUAAUGGCCAUUCUAGUUUCUGCUGUUUUCUCUAGUCCCAAUGAGAAGAACCUUUUUAAAAAAUGCAUCAGGUGUGUGCAAGUCUUGAACAUGCAAAUGCAUAAACGGAUACUGUCUAAAGGUUUAUUUCAUAAACCUAGUCAGUCAUGGUGAUUCAUUAGAUUUAAGUUCAAGGCUAUACUAAUGAAAGUAUUUGAGUUACACAGACCAUCUAAACUAUGUAUGGGUAUGUACUUUGUCAGUAUGCUUUGACCUUUGUCCUUGUGCUUUAAACAUAUGUGAUCAUGUACACUUGAGUUUAUGACUUACUGUAACACUUCCUCUAAAGGAACUUAAUAGAUUAUGUAACUUUUAUUUUUCAGUAUUAAUUAAAGGGGUAAUUCACAAAAAAAAAAAAAAAAAAAAUCUUUUGUGUUCCAAAGAUUCUGUAGUUUGGAAUGACAUGAGAGAGAAUAAAAUGAUGACAGCAUUUUUAAUUUUUUGGAGGGAAAUGUGAUUCAAUUAUAAUGUUUUAACAUUGAUGGCUGUGCAAACAGACUGUAAACUCCAAGGCUAAAACACGGAAUUAAGUGCCUGGGGUAGAAAGAAACCAAAAACAGAAGUUGGAGGUUAUGUCUAUUGACUAAACUUGACAGUUCACUAAAUGGGUGGUUAAAAGCUCCAUGUUUAUAGGAGCUGCGUCACUGCUUUCAGGUCAAAGGCAAUUUGGCUUGCCUCUCUCCGGCUAUUGAACUAAGUUUCCGUUUAAAGCACGGCUUUCCACUCCAGAUCUUUUGAAUAAUACCUUGGGAGUUCCGGCAUAUUGAUACUUUGGAUUAUUGAGCUCAUAGACACUGAAUUUGUGAAAUUCAUCUUGAGGUUUGAAGAAGAAUUGCAGCAUCUGCAAUUCACGGGCAAGUGCAACUGCCAUUGUUAUGGCUUUGAAUCUGCCAUAUCUGUAAAGGAAUUAUAAUGGAAAUAUAUCUGUGGAAAGACAAUUAAAUAAUGAUUUCAGGCAGUCUUUCAAUGAUUAUUUUGCUUCCGCUGAAUGGAACUAAACCAGUAGUAGUAUUUCUGCGCUUUGAGUCCUGCAAUCAUUAACUAUUGAUGCAUUCCAGAGCGUUUUAUCAGAGCGUUGUCAUUGUGUUCUCAGGCAAAACUACAAUAAUGCAUAAGGAUAUACAUUGCACACUGAUGUACACUGGUUUUGAAAUGCUUGAACAUCUUUAUAAUGGUCUGAGAGACCCCUCAAAUGGGAAAUAUUGGUAAAACAUUGUUCUGUUGCUUUCAGUUAAGUAAAAGUUGUAGAAAGUACAAAAAUAAUAAUUGCUUCUGGGAACCAGUUACAUUCAAAUUAGAUUGUGGUUAAUUCUUGGACACUCCAUUAUGGUUAAUGGGACAAACAGUUCCAGUCAUGGACUGAGUGAUGUUGAGCGAGUGUUGGUACCCAUAUUUGACAGCUUCAUCCUGGUAUCCGGGGUGGUGGGACACAUCCUGGUUCUUAUCGUCAUCUGUCGUACGAUGCGGCGAGGACAUGGACAGCCCAGUGGAGGGAGGACAGGAGGACUCCAACAAACAAAUGCAAACGGCACAGACGUUCUUCUUCUGUCGUUAAGUGUGGCAGAUCUUCUCCUCCUUUCCUGUCUUCCAUAUCACACAGUCGCCAUUGCAACCCGUCACUGGCCAUUUGGAAGCUUCAUGUGCAAGACUGUGAGCUUCCUGAGUGCGAUGUGUACAGCUGGGAGUGGCUUUACGCUGGCCGCUUUGGCUUUUGCGCGGUACAUUAUUGUGGUCCAUCAAUCAAAAGCAUAUCAAUGGCAUAGAGAGGGACGUUUAAAAGUAGUUGCGGGUUUACUGUGGAUACCAGCAGUCGUCUUGGCAUCGCCUCAGUUUGCUUGGAGGACGCUGAUUUCAGGCCUGGACAACCAUGAAGCCCGUGAGGACCUGGCAUGUUUCAAUUUCCUGUCUGACAAAGGCCAGUUGGCAUACGGAGUGUGCCACUUCCUAUUCGCUUUUGCAUUUCCACUUGGGAUCAUUGUAAUAGCCUAUGCCAAAAUAUACCAUUUCCUCAAAAUCACUAGACGGGGCUGCACAGCUCAGACUGACCGUUUGGAGCACUACCAUGUGCAUGUGACUCAGACGUCUGCUCUGUUAGUGCUGGCAUUUGCAUUGUGUUGGCUGCCUUCCUAUGGCUUGAUGUUUGCCCAAAUAGCUGAGGUUGAUAAAGCAGCUGGUCCCAUAUCUCUCUUUGGAUCUUUUGCUACCUUUGCACGCAUCAUGGCAACGUCUUCUACAGUGGCCAACCCCAUUCUCUAUGUUUUUAUGUCCGAGAAAUUCAGAAUGGAACUAAUGAACCUGGGUCAAGGAGUCUGUGGAAAAAUACCCUCCUAAAGUCAUAUUGUUAGAGUUAAUUACCAUGAUUUGUUCCAUAAAGUAAGUUUUUUUAUGGCUAAGUUGUACAUAGCUGUAUAUAAUGUAUUAACAAUAAGUAUUUUGUUUGUAAACAAACAUGUAGAACACAUCCAUGAGUGAUGCAACAAUGACCAAUGAUUUGGACACCAAGGAACUUUGUUCUGGUAUUUCAAUGUCAAUUUUUGCACAGCCUAGUAAAAUGUCAAGAGGAACCAAACAGCAGGCAUUGUACAUUGUUUUAAUAUUUUGUGUUGGUUAAACUGCAGACUUGUUAAGGGUUUGUUCAUCACAAGACAGUGUAGUUUGACUUGAGUUUAAAGGAGAACAUGCAGAACAUGCUCUUUCAAAAAUGAAGGUUCCACAAAGAACCUUUAACAUCCAUGGAACCUUUACAUUCCACAAAAGACUCUUAAAGAGAUAGUUAGGCUAAAAAUGAAAAGUACCCCAUAAUUUUCUUAAUCUUCUUUCAGAUGAAUACAAUCUGAGUUAUAUUUAAAAAUAUCCUGGCUCUGUCCAAGCUUUAUAAUGGCAAACAAACAGUGAAUACUAUUAACAGCAAUCAUUAUAUGUUGCGAUCAAACUUGUAGGAAAAUUUGGUAGUUUUGUAUGUUGGUUCAGGAUUGUCAUCAUCUGAGGUCCUCGAAGGGGUUGGCAUCAACUCUUCUCAGGUGUUCGGUCAUCUCAGAUCUUCA